CCUGUUGUGCACACAGCCAUUGAAUGUGCAUGAGACAGAAGAAUGGACAAAACAAGUUUAUUGGCGGAGGAUGUUUCUUUUCUGCACGAGUUAUUUAUUAUUGCCAUUCGCUGUCUUGUUGGCUUGAAAUGUAGCUUUCUGGUUUAGUUACCCUGAAAAAGAUCCACUGAACGCAGGUUGUGAUCUCCAGUAUUGUUGCCCAUCAUGGCAGGAGGCAUCACAGAGACCGGGGAGCUCUACUCCCCGUAUGUGGGCUUGGUGUACAUGUUUAAUCUGAUCGUGGGCACAGGGGCGCUGACGAUGCCCAAGGCCUUUGCCCAAGCAGGUUGGGCGGUCAGCCUGGCGCUCAUCUCCUUCCUGGCGUUUAUGAGUUACAUGACCACUACGUUUGUGAUCGAGGCCAUGGCAGCGGCCAACGCUCAGCUGUGCUGGAAGAGGAGGGAGCAGGAAGAGGUCCAGGACAGCGACUCCACCUCUGAUUAUUCGGAUGAUGAUAUCCGGGGACGAUCAGAGCCAGAGAUGAGGCCCAUUUUGUCAGGCCAGCGAACAGGAGGAGGACACGUUGAUCACUUUGACAUUGUGGAGAGGGUAGAGAUGGGUCAAAUGGCCUCCAUGUUCUUCAACAAAGUUGGUGUCAACAUGUUCUACAUCUGCAUGGUAGUCUACCUGUAUGGAGACCUGGCCAUCUAUGCAGCUGCUGUGCCCAUAUCACUAAUGGAAGUAGCCUGUGGUAACCACUCAUGCAGUGCUGGCAGUGUGAAAUACGACGACACCGACUUGUGCUGGGGGCCUGUCACCAGGAAAGACGCCUACAAGGUGUUUCUGAGCAUAUUCACUGUGAUGUUGGGCCCUUUCGUCUUCUUCGAUGCUCAGAAGACUAAAUACCUCCAGAUCCUCACCUCACUCAUGCGCUGGAUCGCGUUCACCAUGAUGAUUAUCCUGGCUCUGAUCCGUAUUGGUAAAGGCCGGGGCGAAGGCCACCCCCGUAUGGCCCAGAUCUCUGGGGUUCCAAACCUGUUUGGGGUGUGUGUCUACUCCUUCAUGUGCCAGCACUCUCUGCCCUCCCUGGUGACACCCAUCUCUGAUAAGAGACGCGUGGGUACCCUGGUGGUGUGUGACUAUGUCCUCAUCCUUGGCUUCUAUGGCCUGCUCUCCUUCACAGCCAUCUUCUGCUUCGACAGCUCGCUGCUACACGACAUGUACACCCUGAACUUCACUGACAACUGUGACGUGUUGGACAUCCCCGCUUUGCGCUACUUCCUGGGCCUCUUCCCCGUCUUCACCAUCAGCACCAACUUUCCCAUCAUCGCAGUCACGCUGCGCAACAACUGGAAGACCCUCUUCCACCGCGACGGGGGCACCUACCCCUGGGUGGUUGACCGCAUCGUCUUCCCCCUCAUCACCCUGGUUCCGCCCAUCAUAGUGGCCUUCUGCACCCACAACUUGGAGUCCCUGGUGGGCAUCACGGGCGCCUACGCUGGCACGGGCAUCCAGUACGUCAUCCCCGCCCUACUGGUGUACUACGGCCGGCGCCACCUGGUGCCUAUGCUGGGCACGGACGAGGUCAACAAGCACCGGUCCCCGUUCCGCCACACCUUCUGGGUGUGGUUCGUAGUGGUGUGGGCUACCUUCUGCCUCAUGUUUGUCACAGCCAACAUCAUCCUGGAGGACACCAAGAAAUGAGGACACGGACUGACUGUGAAAGACCGGUUUCUCUGUGUGGGUGUCUUGUAUUUCUACAUUCUCUCUACCUGAGGCCUUCCAGAACAUGGUACAGGUCGAACGGUGUGCCUUUUUAUGCUGCUCUUGUAGCAUGGGAACCCUUUUAAUUACAGCGGUAAUCAGCAGGUGAAACCAUUAUAAAGUGUCCUCCCCACCCUGGUUUCAGUACAAAGGAUGGGACUGGAGAAAUAUAACCAUUAUAAAGUGUCCUCCCCACCCCUGUGUCAGUACAAAGGAUGGGACUGGAGAAAUGUAACCAUUAUAAAGUGUCCUCCCCACCCCUGUGUCAGUAAAAAGGAUGGGACUGGAGAAAUGUAACCAUUAUAAAGUGUCCUCCCCACCCCUGUGUCAGUAAAAAGGAUGGGACUGGAGAAAUGUAACCAUUUAUAAAGUGUCCUCCCCACCCCUGUGUCAGUAAAAAGGAUGGGACUGGAGAAAUGUAACCAUUUAUAAAGUGUCCUCCCCACCCCUGUGUCAGUAAAAAGCUUGAGGAUGGGACUGGAGAAAUGUAACCAUUAUCAAAUUCAUAGACCGAGCUAUGCAUGCAAGGACUAGCCAUCCAUGAUAUCAAAAUUAUAGUUUUAACAAUGUUUUAAAGCUAUAUAGUGUUUAUUUACAUUUACUUUGUUUACAAACAGUCCCUGUUUCGGUAAAAAGGUUGGGGCUGGAGAUGUAAACCAUUAUCAAAUUCAUAGAUCAAGCUAUGCAUACAAGGACCAGCCUUCCAUGAUUUCACAAUUAUAAUUUUAAACAUGUUUUUAGGCUAUAUAGUGUUUAUUUACAUUUACUUUGUUUACAACAUUGGAGUACAACAAGCUUAUAUUAUAGGUACUGAUCAGUUUUGAGAGUUGAACUAAGCGGAUGAGGCAUUUACAAGUUAUAUUCUUCAAUAAUCAAUGGGCACAUACAUUUAUUAAUUAUAUCAACUGCAGAUCACCCCUUUUAAGAGUAAUCUAUACCAUUUGUGGAAAGGGACCAAAUAUAUCGUGAUUGUAUGAAAGCUGCUACCGUAUGUAGGAACACAAGGAAGAGGACCUUGUUCACUCUGUUCCAGUGUCCCUCUGUAGAAAAAUACAAGCUGAACAAUCGGACUGUAUUAGCAAGGCAUUGCACUACACAACAGCACUGUUUUUAAGCAUAUACAAAGAGCUGCUCAACUUGUUUCCAAAUGCUUAAUUUUAAAUCCAAAAUAACUAAAAGAAGGAUAGAGCAGGGAGGUGUCAGUGUUCCUCUGGACCUUCAGAAACAGUGUUGCGGCUAAAGACAGAAUAUGCUGAAACUAUGGAUAGAGCUCAGUGGAGGAAAAAUAGAACCUGACAACUAACUCAACACUCCUGUUCCUAAUGGCAAUGCAGAGAGACUUUAAUGUGGCUUUAAAAUGUACUUGAGAUGGUGAAGAAAGCAAGCUAAAUGAAUCUGUUAUAAUCAGUUUAUUAUGGCCUUAGUUCUCCUCGUCUUCCCUGUGAACAAUGAACCUUUGUCCAUGACAGAUCCCUGACUGAUGGGCCUGAUGACAGAGCUCCGUCUCUGGUCAUCAGGACACCGAUCUUGAGUUCAAACUCUGUAUACAAACCACCCUCAUGUUUUACUGUUCACCACCAAAUCAUCAGCCCUUCAUCAACUCCAUGUCAGCACCCGACUGCUCUCUGUUGAACUUUGAUCCCAGAAAGUUAUCAAUGGACACAGGAAGGUUUAUGUUGGCUACAUCACCAGGAGCAAACUCGUACAGUGCCUACUGUGCCACACAAAGACACCUCUACAGUAGUCCCAGUAUAUCUCUUUUUGCAAUAACUGUUGGUUAAGGUCUUGUAAGUAAGCAUUUCACGGUAAAGUCUACACUUGUUGUAUUCGGCGCAUAUGGCAAAUAAAGUUUGAUUUGAUUUUAACCAUCUGUCUCGUGCUCGCUCGUAACGAGAACUUCUCAGCUGGCUGAUUUGUCGUCAGCUCUUUACUUGAGGUUUUAUUACAGUUUCCUGGUAGCUCAGUUUGAUCGACUAAUUAGAUUUUACUUCCAGACAUGUGGGAACAUCCUCUUUGCCCCGAGCUCUGCUCAUGCUAAUGUCCACAUUAUACGCUUCUGCCUCCUCAUUGUCAUGUCCUCUGGUUCUAUAUAUCUAUAUAUAUAUCUCUGCUCUAUAGAAUAUAUAUUAUGUCCCAUUAUAGUCAUCAAGUUUGGAGCCCAACUACAGGAGUCAUACCUUUGUGAAACAGUAUUGUUGUUGGGGAAUGUAAAUCAUGUUUUGUGGUGUAGGGUUCCAUAUUACAUGGUCACAUUUAGAAUAGUGGUUUUCUUUUACUAUGUAAGUGCUAAAGUAAUAGCUCAAAUGUAUCGUUAGCUGCCUGUCAUGAGCACUCACCUGGUCAAAAAGGGAAAUACUUAUUGCCAUUCAUGGUUUGCACCUGCAACACUGCACAAGUUUGCACAUAGUUGCCUUGGGUUUGACCUUUUGUGUGUUUUACGUAGACUUUUGCAAAUGGUUUGAAGAUGUUUGUAAGGGUUGAUAACUAUGGUAUUUAUCUAACAGUCUUCAAUGGUGUUCUUAACCCAUCAACAUAUACAGCUUGACACUAUUUAAAAUCAUUAGACUAAUAGUCAUGCAUUGUAGCAUAUUGAUGGCAGUACAGUAUUGUUGAGGACUAUUGAAUGAGAGACCUCUCUGCAUGUUGUUGGUAUUGUGUGUGUUGGGACAGAAAAAGAGUGCUGACUAUUUCUGUAACACUGCUUCUCUCAGUAUUGGGUUCCUUUCUUCAAUCUUGGGUUCCUUCUGGUAAUUAUUGUUAACAUUACAUUUCUGCAUGCAGCUCCUUCCAAAAUUCAGUAGUCAGUUGUUCCUUUAAGCCUCCAGAUUGUGGUGGAUAGUUACUCCUCUUCUUAUUUUUCCUCAUCUUCUUUUCAAUACAAAUGUGCAAUAUGCUUUGAACUGGGUUGGGGAAGUAAGAUUUCAAGCGAAUAUUUACUGUUUCUGAGAGUGUUUGUGUGUGUAUUCUUCUGUGUCAGUGUAUGUGUCACUUUGAAAAGAUUUUAAACUCUUAUUUGGAGUUGUGAAAUGUGCCUUUUUCCCGGGGUUAUUGUUUCCAAUCAUUUGUUGACUGUUGUUUUUCCUGGCACGUCUUUGUUCUAAGCAGCCUGUCAGAUUAGAUCUGCAUGUAAGCCAGUUAAUUUAACUGACAACCAAUGUCUCCUCAAAAUAAACUGGGAUAUCCUUGUCUUCUAAA